AUGAAAGCACUCGUCCUAGACGCAGGGGCUCGAACGGCCCAUCUCUCUCACAUCCCACAACCUCGACCUGGUCCACGGGAAUUUCUAGUCCAAGUCCAAGCCAUAUCCCUCAACCCCAUCGAUCCCCUCUAUGUCGCUCACCCACUUGCAAGUUCCGGCCGCACUAUAGGAAGUGACCUCGCCAGCACGAUUGCUGUGCUCGGCGAGCCUGUCUCGCUGGCCAAAGGGCUCAAGGAAGGCGUUAAGGUCGCAGGCUUCUUGCAAGGCACCUGUAGCGUCAAUGAUCGGCCGAAUGCCUUUGCGGAGUUUCUUGUUGUGCCCUCAGAUCUUGUCUGGAGAGUCCCAGACGGUGUUACGACUGAGGAAGCAGCGGGCAUUAGUCUAGUGGCGUUGACAGCUGCGCAGGCCAUAUGGUACCGCCUUGGCCUGCCUGCUCCAUUCGAGUAUGAUCGGGAUGCAGUAUUGGAUGAGCACCCCGAGUGGACUCUGAACAUCUUCAUCUACGGCGCUUCAACGUCCGUCGGUCUCUAUGCGGCCCAAAUGGCCCGCCUCAGCGCCAAAGCUACCGGGAAGACGAUCAGACUCUUCGGCGCAGCGAGUAGAGCUCACUGGCAAAUGCUUCAAUCCUCGCCAUAUGCGUACGACCAUCUCGUGGAUUACCGCGACAACGACUGGCCGUCACAAAUCGUCGCGCUUUCAAACGAGGAAGGAAUGGACUACGUCUACGACUACAUAUCCGAAGGCUCCUCCGUCUCCCUCAGCGCCUCCACCCUCUCAGAGAGACCAGGCGCCGCAAUGGCUUCCGUUCGCUCACGAGAAGGUCGCGCGUGGAGCACUGCCCAACCCCUGAAAGUCGAACCCAUCUAUGGCGCUGUUUGGGAAGGGCUGGGAGAGGAAGUGCAGUACCAGGGCCUCACUGUCAAGGCUUCGCCCGCGGCACGUGGAUUCGCUGUUAAGUUCUACGAAUGGCUUGGCAAGGCCCUAGGAGAUGGGUUGAAGGCUGCGCCUAUCAGAUUGAUGCCUGGUGGGCUGGAGAAGGUGGUGGGAGAUGGGUUCGCUUUACUUGGGGCGGGAGGCAUGACGAAUAGGACGGUGGAGAGGAACGAGGUUUGGAUGAAGCCUACUGGCAUUCCGCCCCCUUUUCUCUACCAGUUUGCUCAAUACUACAUCACCUUUCUCGUCUUCUCCUACGAGCACCAGGUGACAUAA